GUCUCGCGCUCAGUCAGCCAACUACUACUACAAAACCUUCUGUACAACCUACAUGUUAUUUCGUCUUUCCUUUUACCUUUAAAUUUAAAUUGAAUCCUCGACUUCUUAAGUCGUGGCUGAGAGAAUCGAGGGACUUGUUUCCGGAGCCAAAGCUGGUGGUUAUUUCAUUGUGAAAGUUGGAUUACACACGGAGCCACUUGAACUGAGAGGAAAUAUAAUCUACCAGAUGCUGCUCAGAAGAUGAGCAGAAGUGGAGGACGGAUUGGAGAAGCAAGCGGAAUCCCGGGCUGUCACCGGCAGUGUGGCGAGUGUAGAUAAGCCCCCCGUAUGAGGUGAAAACCCUUCCCUGUCCUGCAGUAUUCGCUCCAAGCAGGAAUAAGGGAUGUCACGGCUGUUCUUCCUUUUGGCAAUGCUUAUUUUCUCCUGCAGCAUCCAGGUGUCUCCAACUGCUACUCUGGAUAAGCUAAAGGAGAGUUGGACGCUGUACAUGGAGGAGUGUGAUCGCAACAACAGCCGAGACCCAUCACCAACCACCGGCCUUGUGUGCAACAGGACUUUUGACAACUAUGCGUGUUGGCCUGAUGGACUCCCCAACACGACCGUCAGUGUGUCAUGUCCGUGGUAUCUGCCGUGGCACAAUAAAGUUAAGCACGGCAGGGUGUAUCAGGAGUGUGAUGAAGACAGCCAGUGGGUUACUACGAAGAAUACAAGCGAGUGUGACUCCAAUGAUCCAAGUCUGCAGUACUAUGGCCAUAUCCGGAUCAUGUACACAGUGGGCUACUCCUUAUCACUGGUGGCUUUGGUGUUGGCCCUUGGCAUUCUCAUAUUCUUCAGGAAGCUGCAUUGCAUGAGGAACAACAUCCACAUGAAUCUGUUUGCCUCCUUCAUCCUGCGAGCUCUGUCUAUCCUCAUCAAAGAUGCUCUGUUGGAGGCCAACAUCACAUCGCAUGACCUCAGCAGAGACCAGGAGCCGGGAUUCCCCCAGGCGUCUAUGCCCCCAGUGGAGCUGCUGUUCAACAAUGAGACGACGAUCAGCUGUCGCAUUGCCGUGGUGAUGAUGCAGUACAGCAUCAUGGCCAACAGUUACUGGCUGCUGGUGGAAGGCAUCUACCUCCACAACCUCCUGGUCAUCACCGUGUUUACAGAGAGGAACUACUUCAAAAUCUACCUGUGCAUCGGAUGGGGCGCCCCGUUAAUAUUCCUUGUGCCCUGGGUUGUAGUCAAAUACCUUUAUGAAAAUCAAGAGUGCUGGGAGCAAAAUAUAAACAUGAACUAUUGGUGGAUCAUCCGUUCCCCAAUACUACUGGCAGUUGUGAUUAACUUCCUUAUCUUUAUCCAUAUCAUCAAAAUUCUUGUGUCAAAACUUCGAGCACAUCAAAUGAGAUACACAGAUUACAAAUUUCGGCUGGCUAAGUCGACUCUAACCCUGAUCCCUCUGCUGGGUAUCCAUCAGGUGGUCUUCAUCUUUGUGACGGAUGAGUCCACCAAGGCAACCAUUGGUCUACGUCUCACCAAACUCUUCAUUGACCUCUUCUUCUCCUCCUUCCAGGGUCUCUUGGUGGCCAUCUUGUACUGCUUUGUCAACAAAGAAGUACAGUCUGAGAUCCUGAAGAAGUGGAAGCGCUGGAAGCUGGGGAGGAACAUUGAGGAGGAAUACCGCCACACGUACAGCAAUACACCCAACACCAAGACAGCAAGCCUGUUGAACCACGUCUCCCGACUGACUCAGCUUCCAGACAUCGCCAAGAGCUCUGCCCCGGUAUGCAGCCCGGAAGAGACGCUCAUGCUUGUUGCUGGAUGCCACAACGGUAUGAUGGAUAGUAAGAGAGAAGGGAAGUGCGGGAGUGAGGGAACCAUCAGCAACUCCACCCUAGAGGAGGACAUCAGCAUUACAGACAAGGUGCAGGGCUACGAGGCUUCGAGGGAGAACGUGGAGAGCGAUCUCUGAAAUGUGCUGGGAAUGAUAUCUUGAUGAAAAAAAAGUUGGAGGGCCUUGAGCUCUCGUCUAGCUCUGACAAACUGCCCUGGGUGGCUGUUAAGAGAUGGGCUGUCAGGGAGUCAUCUGUCAGAGCGGCCUUUGCCUCAGAGAUCAGUGCCACUGUGAGACACUCAGCCCCCUCCAAAACCUGCAAACAGAGAAUGAUACAGCAAACGCCCACGCUGAGAUGUCUUGAGCACCGUGAGCCUUUGUAAAUUGAUUUUUGUAGGUGUUUGAUAGACAGUGAAAAACUCUGCUGCAUGUUGGACGGUGCAACAACAGCAUCUUGAGGCCGAUACGACGUGUACAAUAAUGAGAGAAAACCCUGAAACCUCAAAUAGCAACAGAAACAAAAAAAAACCACACAGGGUCCUUGCUUGAGCCUCUGCUUUAAUCUAUGUUGUGUAGCAAAUGUGUGUUUUGUGGUACUGGAGGUGAAAGGCAAAUCGGACAUUGAACUGUGUACAAAAAAAAGACCAAAUAAGUGACACACACACAAAAAGAAAACCUGGUCAGGAGCUGUGCUUUGAUUUCUGUAAAUUAUUUCUUGUCUGACUUUUUGGAAAUAUAUAGAAAAGGAAAAAAAAACAUCAUGUUACCUCAAACAGUAAGGUGACCACAGUGGCGUUCAAACAGCCCCAUGCAGGGCUCAUUGGAAAUUGGCAGCUGUUCCCAUCUGGACAUUCCUGGCAUACAUACUGUGUAGAUGUUUAAAAGAGAUCAACAGCUGGUUUGGGAUGAACUAUGAAUAAGCUAAAAUGAUUAGCACUUGACUUACUUACAGGGGGGAGUUUUACAAAAAAAAUUAAACCUUGGAGACUGCUUAGGGCUCCACUGAAACGUGCCAGAUGUUAUUUUCAAGGGAGUAGAUGCAACCCUGUGCCAUAAAAUGUGUUUUCUCUCUCCCCUGCCAUUAAGACGUUGUCUGACUCACAUGCAUUGUCAUAAAAUACAAACUUCCACGCAGUAGAGCGCUCAACCAAUGGAGUUCAUAGGAGAAUCCUUGCACUCAAAUCAAGGAUAAAAAAAAUACACAAAAUAUAGACAUAAAAUGUAAAGCCACCCCAAUUUAUGAAUCCAACACAAAAUAACAUGUCAUCUCUGGAACAAGGGUGAUUGGGACAUGAUAUAUAAAUAGGUUGUCAUGCAGACUGCUGGAUUUAUGGAGCUCAACCUGCAAGUAAUUUGCAGAGGCUUCUUGCAGCAAGUCGUCAGGGAGCCUGUGCUCAUGACUGCAUGUUACCCUACAGACCAUGUGUAAUAUUCUGCCAUAUUCUGUGUGUGCAUGGGGCUGCAGAGUGGACACUCAGAACAAAUCUCUGAACCCUAAAAGCAGAACAAAACAUUUACUAAACAUUCUAGUGAAAGCUGAAUGGUACACUUGCUUUUGAUAAUGCUUAAAAGAAGAAGCCUCCUACAUUAAUCUUUGAGUUUGCCAGAACUGAAUCAACUUAAGUGUGUGUGUAUGACUUAAUGCAUAAUGUUAAUUUAUAAUUGGUAGAAACUGUGUCUGUGUAUAUGUUUAAACGGUUGAUUUAGUUGAUUGCUGUCAAGAUAUUUUAAGGCAUGUCUGUACAGGUAUAUUUUCAGGUGGGUAUGAAUGUGUGUAUUUUCAGUAUUCCAGAUAAAUGGAUGUGUUACAGCGGGGGGGACUCGUUGCUGCAACCAGAUGGGUUAAUAUAAAGAAGUACAACUGGCUUCACACAGAGCACAGAGUCGGUCUCACUUUUGCAUAUACAGUAUUGCACCACAUGACAUUCCCAGAUGACAAAGCUAUGUAAUGAAUACGGUAGAUGCAGCUCUGUGGUAAACGAUGGAAGCUAGUGCUACUGCCAUGUGUUUUAUUUUGUAUAGUGCAGCGCUAAAUAAGAAUAAUAAGAGCACAACAGCGACAUGUUUUCCAUUCAGAUAAUAGCUCUACACUUCAGCCAGGUGCUGGUGUUGAGAAACUGCAGGCUGAGGUUAUUUUUCGAUCCUCAACUGAGGAUUGUUGUAGAGCAGGUAGGCAUCCAAUACUCAGAAUUGUGCAGGAAUCAUUAUGCACACUCUGCCGCUGCGGUUUUUCAGAGGGGAAUUUGAAGUGUUUUUCUUGUUCUACAGAGCUGGAGAAAUAUGAAGAUACUGACAUGGUAGCAAUUUAAGUGAAAUGGUAUUCAGUAAAAUAUGUGAAAAAAAGUCUAUUGCUAAUUUCAUAUGAAAAUGAUUCAUAUUUUUUUUUUUUAAAGCCAGCAGCUUGGGUCACUCCCCUCUCUGGACCAAAGUGGUUCUGUCUGAAUGUAUUCUCUAAGAGGCCCUAACCAGUAUAUUCCUUUUUCAGUUCCUCUUAAAAGUGGUUAUGUACAGUAUAUUUGCUGUAAGGAACCAAUCAGUAAAAAAAUCUGACUGUGUUCAGGUGUAGUUCAUCAUAUAUUGUGUCUGCAUAUCAAACUUUGUCUAAAUGGUGAAAGAAUAAAUUGAAAUGUAAGUGAAACAGGG